CAUUGCUCCAAGAUGGCGGCGGCGGCGGCGGCGGCGCAGCAGCUGAGUGGGGCCAGAACCACCCUCCUGGAACUGCCCCAGCCUGCAACCUAGGAGGAUGUCCUGGACGCCCGCCUAGGGCCUGACUCCAGCCCCAUGCGGUGGCUCACCCGCUGCCAGGCCGUCCUGGCAGCCGCCAUUGCCCUCAACCUCCUAGUCUUCUACUACGUCUCGCGGCUGCAGCAGCAGCCCAGGAACGCCCGGGCCCGGGGCCUCCGCCGGGCUUCUGCCGCCGGCCCCCGCGUCACCAUCCUGGUCCGCGAGUUCGAGGCCUUUGACAACGCUGUACCCGAGCUGGUGGACUCCUUCCUGCAGCAGGAUCCAGCGCAGCCCGUGGUGGUGGCGGCAGACGCGCUCCCCUACCCACCCUUGGCCCUGCCCCGCCUCCCCAACGUUCGCCUGGCGCUGCUCCAGCCCGCCUUGGACCGGCCCGCCGCGGCCUCGCGCCCAGAGACCUACGUGGCCACCGAGUUCGUGGCCCUGGUCCCCGACGGGGCGCGGGUCGAGUCGCCAGGCCACCUGGAGCGCAUGGUGGAGGCGCUCCGGGCCGGCAGCGCCCGCCUGGUGGCCGCCCCGGUCGCCACCUCCAACCCUGCCCGGUGCCUCGCCCUGAACGUCAGUCUGCGGGAGUGGACGGCCCGCUACGGUCAGGCGCCCGCCGCACCCCGCUGCGACGCCCUGGAUGGGGACGCGGUGGUGCUCCUGCGCGCCCGCGACCUCUUCAACCUCUCGGCGCCCCUGGCCCGGCCGCUGGGCACCAGCCUCUUCCUGCAGACCGCCCUGCGCGGCUGGACCGUGCAGCUGCUGGACCUGACGUUCGCCGCGGCGCGCCAGCCCCCGCUGGCCACGGCGCACGCGCGCUGGAAGGCGGAGCGCGAGGGCCGCGCGCGGCGGGCGGCGCUGCUGCGCGCGCUGGGCGUGCGCCUGGUGAGCUGGGAGGGCGGCCGGCUCGAGUGGUUCGGCUGCAGCAAGGAGAGCGCGCGCUGCUUCGGCACGGUGGUGGGCGACACGCCGGCCUACCUGUACGAGCAGCGCUGGACGCCGCCGUGCUGCCUGCGCGCGCUGCGCGAGACCGCGCGCUACGUGGUGGGCGUGCUGGAGGCGGCGGGCGUGCGCUACUGGCUGGAGGGCGGCUCGCUGCUCGGGGCCGCCCGCCACGGGGACAUCAUCCCGUGGGACUACGACGUGGAUCUGGGCAUCUACCUGGAGGACGUGGGCAACUGCGAGCAGCUGCGGGGCGCCGAGGCCGGCUCGGUGGUGGACGAGCGCGGUUUCGUGUGGGAAAAAGCCGUGGAGGGCGACUUCUUCCGCGUGCAGUACAGCGAGAGCAACCACCUGCACGUGGACCUGUGGCCCUUCUACCCCCGCAACGGGGUCAUGACCAAGGACACGUGGCUGGACCACCGGCAGGAUGUGGAGUUCCCCGAGCACUUCUUGCAGCCGCUCGUCCCCCUGCCCUUCGCUGGCUUCGUGGCGCAGGCCCCCAACAACUACCGCCGCUUCCUGGAGCUCAAGUUCGGCCCCGGGGUCAUCGAGAACCCGGAAUACCCCAACCCUGCCCUCCUAAGCUUGACCGGCAGCUGAAACUGUCGUGCCUGUAGCUGGAGGAAUUGUCUGGGUCCCCCCCCCCCGAGGUAGGGGUUCGCUGUAGCCCAGGCUGACCCGGAAUUCACUCUGUAGUCUCCGGAUAACCUCGAACUCACGGCGAUCCUCCCACCUCUGCCUCCCGAGUGUUGGGAUUAAAGGCGUGCGCCACCACGCCGCAGCAAUCAUGGUCUUUUUCUGGAGGUGCGGAAGUUUCUUCUGAUGGGGUCAUGAGUGCCCCCACCCUCCCGAGAAUUGACCCAGAAAGCUUCCAUGGCGCGCACAAGACAAGCCUGGUUUGGCUGGAAGCGAGAACCAAGCCUAAGCCCGAAGCAGCACGCGGAGCCAUACAGUCCCGCCCGCAAUGAUGGAAGGCAGCGUAAGGAACCUUCCAUCUUCCAGUAACCGAGGGAACUGCUGCUGGCAUUCGUGGACAGCCCCAGGCCUCCAAAGAAUGCUUUGUUGCAGAUCCCAAGAGCCUUGCACUCUUAGGAAGAAAGUCUAGUGGCAGCUUAACCAACUUCAGAUCCCAGCUUUGCCACAUACCCGUUAGGUGGUCCUGGGCCAGUCGACAACUUUCUCUGAAACUCCGUUUCAAACCUGCGGGGAUCCGACUGCUCUAUUUGGCGCCUAGAAUCCUCAAGACCCUUGGCUGCUGUUUCUUCUCCCACUAGAGGGCGCCGCUGCCAGGGAAAUGGAGCCCGGUGCCUCUGGCACACAGCCACCCAUCGCUUGGAGACACCGCUGGAGGUGAGACGGCCGAGGCCACGUCCUCUUCUUCCCGGUGGCUGAACACCGCGGGAGGUGCCGGUCUUCAGGGGAAGCCGGUCUCCAUGGUUAAGCCCUGUGGAUCCCUGAUGCAUUCGCUAUCAUUACCUCAACUCAGCUCUCUGCACCUGUAUCCCUACUUGGCUGGAGGAGUUUACGUAAUCAUAGCCCACCUUUAUGGGAUACCGGGUACCAGGCAAGGUACUCAGAGUUUCACACGGAUGGUUUGAUCCCUCACUUGCCUCCACCGAAGUGACAGCUGCUAUCACCUCCCUUUUCCAGGAAGGAGAACAGGCCAGAAUGGCAGUCACAUGCCCAAGACACGACUGGGAUCUGAACCCAGGCCAUCAGGGUCUCGGACCCACACGACUUCCUCACUAUACUCCUAUAGAAACCGUAUCCAAGAGGGGCUUUGCAGAGGCUGGGCCAUUUAGCAGGUUAAAAACGUUCCGUUUUUGAUCGUGACAGUGUGCAUUUAUUUAUAAAUUAUGUGUGAGUACCACUACCCGGUUGUAUAUCACUAAUAAGACUUAAAUUAUUGCAUUUUAAAAUUAAAAAACUGAUUUGAGUGGA